AGUAAAGAUCGCUUUUCCGUGACGUCGCACGAAGAUCGACCAAUUAGAUCGGCGAAUGCAAACGUCAGUUUAUGAUAUGGGCAGUUUUUUUUCUAGCCUCUAGGCAGCCACCAUUUUGGGAGUCAAACCGCCCAACAAACAGCAGUGCACACCUCCACGCUUCUCUAGUGGCCUUACUAUGGUUCACACGUGCGUGGUGGCAGGCUGUAGGAACAGAAGGACACCGGGCACCACCUUGUCUUUCUACCGUUUCCCCCGGGACCCCGACAGGAAGCAGCGCUGGAUAGCGGCGGUGAACCGGGAGGGCUGGGUGCCCAACGACGGCAGUCGGCUGUGUAGUACUCACUUCCUCUCAGGUAAACAGGUGAAGAAUCCACGUUCGCCAGAUUAUGUUCCCUCUGUGUUCACGUCAGAUCCCUUAUCCCCAGAGAUGAAGGAGCACGGUGUCUUGGAGAACCUGGACAAGCAGGAAGCACGAGUGGAGGCUGCUAAUGCCUUGUUGUUCCUGCAGGGCCAGGGACGGUCUGUGGUGGGGGAGUGGUGCCAGGACGAGCACCCUGGGGAGAGGGAGGGGAAGGCUGCUGUGGAGGAAAGUGCGUCUUCUUCCCUCGGCACUGAUGAAGACGACGAUGACGACGAUGAAUCUAUGAGUGACAGCAAGAAAGGAAAGUUUGCGCAUACGUGUGACGCAGCAGUUAACUUUGACGAUGUACUGAAAGCCCUGAAAAAGGAGAACCAGACCCUCAGGGAGUCUGUGGACAAAAUGUCCCUCUCUGAGAACUCACUGAGGAACGAUGCAGAGAAAGUAAAGUUUUACACCGGCCUGCCCAACUACUUUGUCCUGGAGACGGUCAUGUGGCUGCUGGCACCUCACAUGGACGGGAUGAAAACCGUGAAGCUCUCCAAGUUCCAACAGCUGCUGCUGACACUGAUGCGACUCCGCCUGGAUCUACGCAACCAGGACCUGGCUUACCGCUUUGGUGUUAAAGUCGGUACAGUAACCAGAACAGUGCACCAAAUGGUCAACAUCAUGUCCUCCACUCUGGUGCCGACAGCUGUUUUCUGGCCCUCUAGAGCCGAGCUCCGGAAAAACCUGCCGGCAGCUCUGCGCACAUCCCACCCCGACUGCGCUGUCAUCAUAGACUGUUUCAUAGUGCCUUUUGAGGAGCCGGUUUCCCGGGGCAACCAGCAGCAGAGGGUGUUGCCAGGCUGUCAAGGGGUAGGGACAAGUUCUAAUGUGUUAAAGUAUCUGAUUGGUGUGGCUCCACAAGGUGUCGUCACCUUUGUCUCUAGGGGCGUGCUGGGAGACGUCAGUGACAAAAGCCUGGCCGAGGGCUGUGGGUUUCUCUGCAAGCUUCUCCCAGGCGAUGUCGUGUUGGCGAGUCGCAGUCUCAACAUCGCAGAUUCUGUGGCUGCCCGCGGAGCCCUGUUUACAAUCGCUGGCAGCUACCAAGGGGAGGCGGACGGGAGCUCGGCAGGCUCGCCCCUGGCUAAUACUUCCUCCGAGACAGCGAGUGUGCAGAGGCACGUGGAGAGGGUGAUCUCCAUGGUGAAGCAGAGGUACGCCAUGCUCACAGGCCCUGUCGAGAGCCCCUUCACCACGGUCUCCGAGCGCACGUCGAACCUUUCAACCUUUGAUAAGAUUGUGCAAGUUGCUUGUGCCUUAAACAACCUGUGCAUCUCUGCUGCUCCACUAGAGUGAUUCAUCCAGAAAUGCCUAGUGCGCCUUAAAAUUGUUGUCCGUAAGAUUUGGGUUACGUUGUUUCUACUAGCAGCUUUGCUGCUAAGAUGUAAUUGCAGGCAGGUGUGGACUGUGUGGCGCUGGUAGAUUGGCAGCUCUAACCUGCUCGAUGCCUUUACAUGCUAGCAGUUUAGUCUAAGAUGAGCUAAUACAUCCAUAAAGACACGGGCUGUGUCGGGUAUAAGAUCCGGGGAGGCAGCGGCUAGCUCACCGAGGCUAUCUGAGAGGCGCAGUGUUUUUCACAGUAAGGCCGUCUUGUCUGCAUUAGCACUGUUGCUUGCAUUAGCACUGUUGCUUGUAUUAGCACGAUUAGCCAUGUAGCAAUAGCAUUGAAUCUAACCAAUAUGACACAAACACCCUGCUAGCCACUGAGGCAGAAUGCAAUAUAACCUUAGCUCAUGAAGGGGAGGCCGAGGAAGAGCGGCCAGCAACGCUUUCCCCUUAUUCACUUACUCACCCGGGGAGGAAAAGGCUGACCAUCCCCUCCGACCCGAGUGCAGUGCCUCAUAUUGCUAAAAUAUUAGCUGACACAACAUUGCUAACAGUGCUAAUAUCUAAUCCAACCUGAGCAUCAGAAUGUGCAGUAAAACAAAACUUCCGAGGCUAUACCUAAUUUAUGCCCUUUAAUGAUUAAAUAACGGGGUUGUUGUUGGAGGUUGACAUGUCAUCUCAGCCAGCAUCAGCUCGGUCCUCUUGUGGGUGAGGUUUUUGGUUUUAAUUUGAACUUAAAGUUGAACGGUCUUCAUUCUGUGUCUGUUGGUCUGCUAUUGUUAGUUAGCAAUGAAAUGUAGCGUACCAUUUAUCUGCAUCUAUCCGCGUCUGCAGUUACCAAUUCACCAGUACAAUAAAACACAGCAUAACCGGCACAAAAUCGCUACUAAGCGCGCUGCAUUUGAAUUUAGGGUGGGAAAGUCACCACAGACACUCAGAUUGUAUUACUUGACAAAGCAGCAAAUACGCUGCGCUUUCAUCAGUGGGUCAUAGGCUCAAUCACUAUUGUUUGAACUCACUUUUUGAUACUUUCUAGACUAACUAAAUGAAAAUCUUACGGACAGUAACUUUAAUGCGGGUCACUUAAGUUCCCUUUACUGCUUCAGACCUUGUUCUCUCAGUACAUCCCAGUGUCAUCAGUGUAGAUUACUCUAGAAAAGUGAUUCAUACCUGUAGGACUGCAACUAACGAUUAGUUUUAUUGUCAAUUUAUCGGUCGAUUAUUUUCUCGAUUUUAAUAGAUCAGUUGUUCGGUCUAUAAAAUGUCAGAAAAUGAUAAAACAUGGAUCAGUGUUUCCCAAACGCCCAAGAUGACGUCCUCAAAUGUCUUGUUUUGUCCACAACUCUAACCCCCCAAUUCCACAGGAUGCGGAACGGCUGCGGAUCUGCUCCAGAACGGCGUCUGAGUAAUUUGGUUUCCUCUAAAGUCAAUGUGUGUACUUCCACAGACUGCGGAACGGCUGCGUCCCAGCUCCGCGACCCGCCGUAGCAGAUACGCAGAGCUUCUAUUUUUGCCGGAGAGCUCCGCAGCAAUUCAGCCCACAGAAACAAAAUAAAACAUCUGGUUAAUUUUCAAAAUA